AUGUCAUCUUCGUCGAAGCCCUCUUCAAUCCCAGUGGUUUCCAACCCUGUAGCGACCGCAGCCGGCGCACCGCUGCCCACGAAGAAGCCCAAGCCGUACCCGUUCUGGCUGGGCGGAGUCGCAGCGACCAUCGCGGCUUCCAUCACACAUCCAUUGGAUCUCACGAAGGUCCGCCUGCAAGCCUCGGGGGACAAGCGCAUGAUUGAGAGCAUCAAGAAGACGGUGCUGACGGCUGGCGUUCGUGGACUCUUCGAUGGCAUCUCCGGGACGUGGUUGCGCCAGAUGUCGUACUCGAUGUGCCGCUUUUGGGCGUACGACGAGAGCAAGAAGAUCCUCGGUGCGGGCAAGGAUGCACCUGCAUGGAAGUUGGCGGCGGCGGGGAGUAUGGCUGGAGGUAUCGCAGGCCUCGUCGGCAACCCGGGCGAGAUCGUCAUGGUGCGCCUCCAGGGAGACUUUGCGAAACCUCCCGAGAAGCGGUUCAACUAUAAGCACUGUUUCGAUGCACUGUUCCGGAUGGUGCGCGAGGAAGGAAUCUCGUCCCUCUCGCGGGGCGUCACGCCUAAUGUCUUCCGUGCGGUCCUCAUGAACGCCUCCCAACUCGCCUCAUACGACUUCUUCAAGGCGGAACUGCUGAAGACGAAGUAUUUUGACGAUAAUAUCGCGUGCCAUUUCACAGCGAGCUUCGCAGCGGGAACCGUGGCCACCACCGUCUGCUCGCCCGCCGACGUCCUCAAGUCGCGCAUCAUGAACGCCUCCGGGCCCGGCUCGAGCUCGACGCUCGCCGUUAUCCGGAGCUCGAUGAAGAAUGAGGGCCCGAUGUUCAUGUUCAAGGGCUGGCUCCCCGCGUGGACGCGUCUCCAGCCGACGACGAUCCUCAUCUUCCUGACGCUCGAACAGCUGAAGAACGGGGUGGAUUGGUCGAGGAGGAAUGGGUAUGACUACUUGUGA